AUGGAGGCUGCCGCGCUCAGGCAGCCAGUAGACACGGCCAUGGAGGAUGCGGGCAAGGUGGAGCACAGCUUGGGCACACCUGUCGACCCGCCGUCAAUAAACUGUCUCGACGGCUGGAUCGAGAGCUUGAUGACCUGUAAACAGCUGUCCGAAGACGAUGUGCGGAGGCUAUGCGAAAAAGCGCGCGAAGUGCUGCAAGACGAGUCCAACGUACAGCCCGUGAAAUGCCCAGUCACCGUCUGCGGCGACAUCCACGGCCAGUUCCACGACCUGAUGGAGCUCUUCAAGAUCGGCGGCCCCAACCCAGACACAAACUACCUCUUCAUGGGCGACUACGUCGAUCGUGGAUACUUCUCCGUCGAGACCGUCACCCUCCUGGUCGCGCUGAAGAUCCGCUACCCCCAGCGCAUCACCAUCCUCCGCGGCAACCACGAGAGUCGACAAAUUACGCAAGUGUACGGCUUCUACGACGAGUGUCUGCGCAAGUACGGCAAUGCGAAUGUGUGGAAGUUCUUCACCGAUCUCUUCGACUACCUCCCACUUACCGCGCUCAUCGACAACCAGAUCUUCUGCUUGCACGGAGGCCUGUCGCCAAGCAUUGACACGCUGGACAACAUUCGCGCCCUCGACCGCAUUCAAGAAGUGCCGCAUGAGGGACCAAUGUGUGAUCUGCUGUGGUCGGACCCAGACGACAGGUGUGGAUGGGGAAUCAGCCCGAGAGGUGCUGGAUACACUUUCGGGCAGGAUAUCAGUGAGGCUUUCAACCACAACAAUGGCCUGACACUGGUGGCGCGGGCGCAUCAGCUGGUUAUGGAAGGGUACAACUGGAGUCAGGACAGGAAUGUGGUUACGAUAUUCUCAGCACCCAACUACUGCUACCGAUGCGGUAACCAGGCCGCCAUCAUGGAGAUCGAUGAGCAUCUCAAAUACACCUUCCUACAAUUCGACCCCUGCCCACGUGCCGGCGAACCCAUGGUUUCUCGCCGAACACCCGACUACUUCUUGUAG